GAAAAAUUUCCGUUUGCAGUGGUUAACAAUGUUGCUCGAGGGAAUAGUGUUCUUUGACGAAACAAGGGAAUGGAAACAAGCCCAUUCCAACGCGUUUGCGCGGCCGGCCGAUUUGUUUCUUUCAAGAUGAUGCCAACAGCGAAGUGGCUUUGCUUUGACCUUCAGGAGGCUCAAUUUGCAGCGAUAUAUUGAUAGAGGACCAGCACGUCGGCCACAAGAUUUUUCCUCAAAACCUAUUGGCACCCACUCGUGAUGCUUAAUACCCAUUCUCACAAUGGCGACCAAUGAUCCGACCAGGCCCAGACGGCCACCUACAAAAUUUGCCCAGAAGUACGGAAUUUAUAAGGAUAGGACUAGGCCUGAUAUUGUCAACGCACUUCAAGGCUACAAGAGCGGCCGUACACCCGUCAGCCCCAAAAGGCUAGAUGACUCAGAGAAGCGGAGAGAAUGGAAACACACAAUAGCAGAUUAUCAGAAAUUUGUUAAUGGGGGGUUCCCAAUGGAAUGGUCGAGGGCCUUGAGAGCAUAUAUACCAACUGCCGAUGCUGAUUUCGCUGACCAUUGGGGGAAGUUUGAACUUGAAAAUCAUAUACACCCACUCAUUGAUGGAUCUCAGUGGGAGACACUAAAUGGAUGUUUAAAGAGCUAUCCACCGCCAUUAGUAGGCGAUGGACACGAAGGCUUCAUGAUAGCCGACAACCCAAUUAUUUGGGAGGCACUUAAGCCUAUUUUACAACUAACCACUCGUUACUUGGAUAACUCACAUCUUUGGCCGUGGUGGGAUGCGUUGCUGAGCGAAGCGGGUUCCGAUAAUAAGAGAACGGAGCCAAGUCCACAUUGCGCCGGCGUGCAUAAUUUAUUCUUCAGGUUGCGAACACCGGAAGAAAUCCACAACCAAAGAGUUCCAGUAAAGGAACUUUUAAGGGAGAUGGCUGGCAAGUGGUUCUUUUGUUUGAGAUCUAUGUAUCGCGACUCCACGGAUGGCAGUCCACAAGAUGAUAACUGGUGGGGUAUAACGGUUGCAUUUGGAGGGCCUGGAAAAAGUUCCGUAACUCUUUGUACGGAGUUGAUCAGUCCACUCCUUAGAAACGAUUUGACGGAACCAGAAAGGGUCGUGUUGGUUAAUUUUGCUGCGAGAACCCUUACCCAUGAAAUUGCCCACGCGGCAGUUAUACAUCAUGAAGAACGUAGCGACCCGAGGCGACGAACGAAAUCUUACAGAUUCCCUCCAGAACCCUACUUCCAAGACGAGGGAUGGAAUGAAGUGGGCCAUUCUAUGGAAAACAAUGUCUUCAAGUCCCACCAUUACCUGGUUAAGUCCAACAACGGCCUGCCGUUGCUGGUAUAUGACACGACCUUUCCUUAUCCCGGAACUCACAAAGACGAAGGGGACACCAGGUAUUUGCCUCCCGGAAAAGCGUUGGAGCCGCACACAGAUGUUCGUAGGUUGGUAUCCAUCGAAUGGAUGCGUAUGUUUCUGCACGCCGAUUUCUGGGACUAUCAUAUUGUCCGGUUCGGAGGAGACGCAAUGGUUCCAGAUGAGCCCCUAGCCGAACGACUUGAGUUUUGGAAACGAGAUAAAAAUGCGAAAUAUAUUCCAAACCUAACUGUUAUAAAAAAUGUAGUGAUACGUCCCGACGUUGACAUUGGGCCUGACAUGUCCCCUGAGGACAAAAUAGUGGUGGCGGCUAUAAAUAUGCGCAGAACUUUGCACAGACGUGCUCGAGAUAGGAUCGAUCAGGUAAUGGGCGAAGGAUACGUUCCGGGUCCCAAUGAUACCCUCAUUCCAACAUUACAGCCAGGAAUGGGCCAGCAAACUCACCAGGAACCGAGCGGACCUCAAGAACCAGGUGUCCCGCAAGCGCAGGAAACAGAACAGCCUCAAGGCGGACCCCAAGUCCAAGGGCAGCCACCAGCGACAGGACCGGAGGGGCAGGAAGUCCCGCCCCAAGCUCCAGCCCCAGCUCCAGCUCGAGAACCCCGCGAUCCCCCCACCCCAACCUCAGUCUAUGAGCUCCCCGACGACCCUCUCAUGGAACCCAGAGCAAGCGACUUAACGGCAGUCAACAAUAUCGCCUCGUACCUCAAAUACUUCCGCAACACCCUCGGUCUCCACGUCGUAGCAACUUGUUCGGAAGACGCUCUGUGGUUCCACCUAUCGCAUUUAGUUAAAGCAUCGUCGGGGCCAACUAUCACUCCCGAGGAGUGGAAGUUCUUUCUCCACACGUGCAAUUCGGUCGAUGAGAUGCUGAGCUGGCAUCCAAGCUCCAUGAUGGUCCAUUCCAUCAGCUCGGGUUGGGAGCCCCUCGGACCCGCUAAGCCACCGCUUUCGCGCCCAUCGUGGCCCGAAGCGAUCCUGCCACUAGAGGACCUCCUCUGCAUGAUAGAGCUGGUGAGGAAGUAUAUCUUCCGCUGUCGAGAAACCGGCCCCCUCGGCUGCCUCCAAUGGACCGCCCCCACCUACUUCCGCAAGAUGCUCGUCGCAGUCUUGAAGUACACCAAAGUCCUCUCCGAAACCACCGACAUCGGGACCAUCCUCUCCGCUGACGUGGUGCGGGACAUGGUCAACACCGCCUUUGAGGGGGACGGGGUGUUCGAGGACGAGUACGCGUUCGUGGCGCACCCGCGCGGUCGCUCGGCCGACGAUCCGCACUGGUGGGAGAGGGCGCUGUUGCAGUUGUUGCCGGAUUAUUUUUCUGUCGCGACGAUAAACAACCGCUCCGCCAUCCUCUUCACCUUCAGCCACCUCUACACCCGCGAACUCCUCGACAAACUCAUGACCAACGAGCAGCAGAUGGCCAUCUACACCUUCAUGCACCGGUACCACGAGGACCAGCUAGCGAAGCGCAAGAUCUGGCCCCGCGAGCUGAGGGAAAUAUAUAACGCCUACCAGGAGGUUGAGAGCCUCAGGAUUAAGCUUCCGAGGGUGUUUUUGACGUGUUUUAGUUUGCCGAAUAAGUUUUGUUUGAUAAAUGCCGAGAGACAGAUUGAGUUCUUGCCCGCGCCGGAGAAGCCCGAUCCACCCACUGAGGGUGAGAAUGCACAGGGUGAGAAUGCACAGGGUGAGAAUACACGGGGUGGCGGUGGUCAGGAUCCUCAGGGUUCGGGACAGGGGCAGGGGGGCCAGCAGCAGCAGGACGGGAAUCAAAGUGGGACUUUGGGGGGUGCUCAGAUUCCAGGAGGUUCUCAAGCUCAGGGAGGACCUAUGGCUCAAGGAGGAUCUCAGCCUCAAGAGGCACUCCAGGGUCCGGGAGUAUUUCCGGCUCAGGGAGGACAACAGCAACAGCAACAGCAACAGCAACAGCAACAGCAACAGCAACAGCAACAGCAACAGCAACAGCAACAGCAACAGCAACAGCAACAGCAACAGCAACAGCAACAGCAACAGCAACAGCAACAGGGGCAGCAGGGGAACUUUGGACAACAAGGUAACUUGGGGCAACAGGGAAACACGGGGCAAGGGGGUCUGUGA